UCGGCCAUGACAUAUUAAAUAAUUAUUUAUAUCAAACCUAAUAAUAAAAAUAGCCGAAAAUGUUACACCGAAAGCAUAAAUAGUAUUAAUAAUCAAUCCACUCAUCACCACUUACAAUGACGUUAAUAAUCAGUUACCUCAAAUUGUUAUCAACAAAAAAUAUUUUUACGAAGAUGCCGACAUAUUAUAAGGUUACACCGAUCAACUGGAAUGAAUUCAAGAGAAAUUACGCUGAUAAGCCCAAAAUAGAUUCAAAAUCGAAGCAGAUAAUGGUACAAGGUACAGAAGAUGAGCCCCGAAUGCGGGUACGGCGUGCCCGACCCGCGGAUGUGCCUCGUAUCCUUCGAUUUGUACGAGAAAACUCUCGAUUAGCUUGGCCAGGUCUAGUUAACAAGACACCCGGAACCAAUAAUAAUAAUGUCGUGCUAUCUGAUUACAUCGCCAGAACGCUAGCUCAAGGUCACUCAAUGUUAGCGGAACAACAAGAAGCCAAACGUGGCUGGUCACAAAUCCGAGGCCUUGCAAUAAGUACCUCGGUGUGUCCCUGGGACGCAACAAUGUUGGAAAAAUGGGCUCGUUGUAUGCGUUGUUCUCGAUCAAGAAAACUGAUGCUCUUCACAGCACAUUGCUUGAGAGCACCAGGUUUACAUGACAAAUACAAUGUGCAUAAUAUAUUACAAGUAGUACUUUUGGUAUCGCCUGAUGUCCCAAGAGCGUCGGAGAUCGUUCAUAUGCUUGCAAAAAACUCCAUACAACGGGGACGGGAUUCAGGAUUUUCAGUGCUACGCUUUGAUGUGACUGAUAAUAGUCUUAUAGCAAAGGUGUUGGAUGAACUGCGAUUAAAAAAAGAAUAUGAGUUAAACUUUGAAGUUUUACCGCAUGCUAUAAAAUUAGUUUCGGAUGAAGCGCCAAAUGACGAGGAAUUGAUUGAAAACAAAGGAAAAAUCAUAACGGUUUUUACAGCGUUUCCUACCGCGGGAAAAUCUUGAUAUCUCACUCAUAUUAAAAUUUAUAUUUAAAUUAUAACUGAUGGUUUGGUGAU